GCAUUGCCUAGUUUACAGUAAUGUCCAAGUUAACAGGAGACAACAAGUGGUUCCUUUGAGGCUACUUUAAGCUAGUUCGGUGACGAUUGCAAACGUGUUCAUCUGCUCGAAUCUCAUGCCAAACAAAGUAUCAUCGUUUUACCCUUUUUACGGUCAAUAAACCUGUGGACUAGAAGACGUUUUUCAGAGUGUUUGAUCAAGAAAAGGUGUUAGGGUAAAGCCAAGAUAUUUCUACAUAUCGAGGGCGCCAUAGUAAAACGAUGUCUUUAACGCAGAAGAUAAGACAGCAUACACAAGAACAAAUGAUGGAUUGCACAGAAAGCUCAAUACGGACAAAAUCUACCUCUUCACGUACUUCAACGAGGUCACAAGCUUGCUCCACCGAGGCUGCAGCUGCCAGAGCACGCGCAAAAGCAGAGGCAGCAAAAGUACGUCUGUCUUUUGCACAAAAAGAAAUGACACUCACAGUGGAAAAAGCACAACUGGACGUGGAAAAAGCACAUUUAGAAGCUAAGAUGGACAUGCUAUUACUGGAGCAGGACGCAGCAGCUGCACUCGCCAAAGCGGAGGUCUUGGAAGCCGCUGUGGAAGGAAGUGAUCGAAGCAGAUCCUAUCUUCACAUCAAGCAGUUGUUUGAACAUUCAGUUGACACAUUAGAGCGCACAAAGGAAUACAUAGCCACUCAGGCCCAAGAGAAAAGUCAAAUAAAAGUUGAAUCACCUCACAAUCAGCCAUCAUUAUGGAAUGAAACGCAACAUUAUAAGCCACCAGAUGGAAACUCCAUUCAACACCCACAUCUCCAGACAAAUCACAAUGAACACAGAGUUUGCUUUGUUUCUACCAUACAACAAAGGAUGACACCUUCACAGCCAGAAGUCACAUCAGUCACUAGUCCAUCUUCAAACAACAUACGAGACAAUCACCAAGAUUUCAAGUCAAGCUAAAGUUCUCCUUUGCAUCCAAGGUCCAGCCGUAAACCUUGUCAGCCUGUCUACAAUCAAGGUGAUGUGGCAGACUUUGCAAGAUAUCUAGCUCACCGUGAGCUAGUCACAAUAGAAUAGAAUGAACUUUAUUGUCAUUAUAUUUGCAUAUAACGAGAUUAAAGACUCCAACUUAAGGUGCGGUAGUGGGAACAAUUAUGGGGUGAAAUAAAGGACAUAAGAUGUAAUAAAGGAAAAACUAACAAUUGAAAUAAACAGACUACUAUCCAAUAAAAAUAAUAAGCAAUUCUGUACAAUAUACAAAACACUAUAGAAGUACAAAAUACAAAUUCUGUACAAUAUACAGAGCAAGACAGGAGUACCGAAGUAAUAAAUAACAAUCAGUGACGGACGUAUUGCACUCGAAGGGUAGUAUUGCACAGUAGGGUAUUAGGGCAUUAUAUUGUAUAGGGGUGAAUUAUUAUUAUUAUAAGUUAGAGUUCAACACGGUGACAGCUUUGGGAAAGAAGCUGUCUCUGAGCCUGUUUGUUCUGGCUCUGAUGCACCUGUAGCGCCUGCCUGAUGGUAGCAAGUCGAACAGAUGGAAGCCAGGGUGUGUGCUGUCCUUGGUAAUGUUUUUUGCUCUGUUGAGGCAACGGGAGUUGUGUAAGUCCUUCAGGGAGGCCAGGGGACAGCCGAGGAUUUUUUGUGCCGACUUUAUGACCCUCUGAAUCGCCCGUUUGUCUGCUUCAGUGCAGCUGGCGUACCACACUGUUAUGCAGUACGUCAGCAGGCUCUCGACAGCCGAGCGAUAGAAGGUCACCAUCAGCUGCCUCUCCAGUCUGUUCUUCCUCAGCACCCUCAGGAAAUGGAGUCUCCGCUGGGCCUUCCGGAUGACCAUAGUUGUAUUUUGGGUCCAGGACAGGUCAGCAGAUAUGAGGGUGCCGAGGAACUUGAAGGAGCUGACUCUCUUCACCUCCUCGCCGUUGAUGUAGAGGGGGGCGGGGUCUGCAGUGUUCUUCCUGAAGUCAAAGAUGAGUUCCUUGGUUUUUGUGGUGUUCAGUGCCAAAUUAUUUACUGAACACCACGCUGAUAGUUUCAGGACCUCAUCUCUGUAUGCAGACUCAUCCCCCCCUGUAAUGGGACUGCACAACGAGCCUGAUAAAGUUCAGUGACCAGCCAUGCAGUUACAGGGCAUGGAAACAGUCCUUUGUGAACACAGUCAGAGGCCUCAACAUAACGUCCAGUGAAGAAAUGGAUUUGUUGGUCAAGUGGCUAGGGAAGGAGUCAGCUGAGCACGCAAAACGCAUCUGGGCUGUCCAUGUCAACUCCCCAGACAAAGGCCUAAAAAGGAUAUGGGACAGACUGGAAACCUGUUACACCGCACCCGAAAUGGUGGAGGAUUCACUGUUUAAACGGAUCCACAGCUUCCCUAAAAUCAUCAACAGGGACUAUUCAAAGCUCCAUGAGUUGAGUGAUUUUCUCAUAGAAUUGGAGGCAGCCAAGGAAGAUCGAGACUUGCCUGGCCUUGCAUAUUUGGACACAGCGCGUGGGAUAAACCCAUUAGUUCAAAAGUUCCCAUUCAAUCUUCAGGAAAAGUGGCUCAACGUUGGCACAAACUACAAAUUACAGCACAAUGUAACAUUUCCCCCCUUUGAAGUUUUUGUUGACUUCAUUGGAAAACAAGCUUUAAUUAGGAAUGACCCAGGCUUCAAAUUUGCAGUUCAAAUUGACACCUCAAAAGCAGACAGAGUCCAAUGGAAGCAGAUCCAAAAUAGGGAAGUCUCAGUUCAUAAGAUCGAUUUCCAGUCUAAUGACAAACAACACUUUGAAACUGAUGAUCCCGAGAAACAAUGCCCUAUUCAUAAAAAGCCUCACAUGCUCCAGAAAUGUCGGGCCUUCUUUACAAUGCCGUUGGAACAACGCAAGGAAUUCUUGAAAGAGAUUGGCAUAUGUUUUAAGUGUUGCACAUCCACUCAACACAUAGCAAAAAACUGUAAAUUUCUUACCAAGUGCACUGAAUGUGAGAGCGCAAAGCACAUUUCUGCGCUUCAUCCUGGACCUGCACCAUGGAUCCAGGUCCCAACCCCCCUAACACAGCUUGGCGGGGAGCAAGACUCAGAACCUUCAACUGAGGUCCGUGCUCAAUGUGCAGAUGUAUGUGGUGGCAGUCAAAGCUACAAAUCCUGCUCAAAGAUCUGCCUUGUUAAAAUAUAUCCUAGCGGCCGUCCUGAGAAAUCCCUGAAAGUUUAUGCAAUCAUCGACGAGCAGAGUAACAAGUCCCUUGCUUGUUCAGAGUUCUUUGAGAUCUUCAACAUUCAAAAUCCUUCAUCUCCAUAUACACUCCGAACCUGCUCUGGAGUGAUGGAAACCACUGGGAGAAGAGCCUCAGGCUACAAAAUUGAAUCCAUGGAUGGAAAAGUGUGCCUCUCCUUACCAAGCCUUCUGGAAUGUGAUGAUCUACCUAACAACAGAUCAGAAAUCCCAACACCUAAUGCUGCAGCCAACCAUACUCACCUCAAAUCAGUUGCUAACCUCAUCCCAGAGCUGGAUCCUGACGCGUCCAUUAUGCUUCUCCUUGGGAGAGACAUCAUCUCUGUCCACAAUGUGCGUAAACAGGUUGAUGGGCCACGUGAUGGUCCCUAUGCUCAAAAACUUGACCUGGGAUGGGUGAUCGUUGGAAAUGUAUGCUUGGGAAGUGUUCACAAGCCGACCACAGUGAAUAACUUCAACACCAUUACGACUGAACAAAGGCGUCCCACAGUCUUUAAACCUUGUCCUAACGUAUUUCAAGUCAGGGAGAGACAUGGCCAGAAUCAAAGCCCUGAAUACUCAAAGGUAACCUUUCCAAAGAAAUGUAAGCAAGAUGACAUGGGCUCUACAGUAUUUCAGCAGACCAAAGAUGAUAACAAAGUUGGUCCAUCCAUUAAUGACAUCGCCUUCCUGCAAAUCAUGGAGAAGAGUUUGAAAAAGGACAUAACAAACAGCUGGAUAGCUCCGCUGCCAUUUAAGACUCCAAGGCCAAAGCUUCCUGACAACAAAGUUCAAGCCUUGAAUCGUUUUUCCUCUCUGAGAGGCAACUUCGAAAGAAAACCAGUGAUGAAAGAGCACUUUUUUAACUUCAUGGAAAAGAUCUUUCAAAAUGAACAUGCUGAAAUAGCUCCCCCACUCACAUCUAAUGAAGAAAGAUGGUAUUUACCUGCCUUUGGCGUCUACCAUCUGAAGAAACCUGGGAACAUCCGUGUGGUGUUUGACUCCAGCGCCCAAUAGAAUGGUGU